GGGUUCGCAGUUAACCCCGGCACGCUCAAGCGUAUUGGGCUACCUCGGCCCCAGACCAACGAGGAAGUGCUGCGCGUGGAAGAGGGCGAUUUGUUGGAGUUCGUGCGAACGACCUACUUUGGUCCCGGAAGUGCAGCAGCUGCUCGUGAGGUUGUCCAACAA